UUUGCUCCCGAAAUGAGUUGCAAUUUACUUCAGUCAAUCACUUCGGACCUCCAGUCGCCUAGUGUUUGAUAAAUUGAAAUCAUACAUAUAUGUGGGAUGAGGUUCCGAAUUGAACCAAAGACCCGUUGCUUUCGAGUCAAUCGUUCUCUCACGGAACCACGUGUCAUCCCGAUUUGUGUUAUAAUAAAUAUAAUAGAAAUGUGUAAUGUAGUACCGACUGACAUAAUGGUUGUCGCUGCAGCGGGUAUCGUCGUCGACAUGAUAAAGUCGAAGAGAAUGGCAGGACGUGCCGUGUUGUUGGCUGGUCCACCGGGCACAGGCAAGACCGCGAUAGCGCUCGCCAUCGCUCAGGACCUCGGUAACAAGGUGCCCUUCUGUCCUAUGGUGGGCUCGGAAGUUUACAGCACGGAGAUCAAGAAGACGGAGGUUCUCAUGGAGAAUUUCAGGAGGGCCAUUGGCCUGAGGAUCAAGGAGACCAAGGAGGUGUACGAAGGCGAAGUCACCGAGUUGACGCCUGUCGAAACGGAGAAUCCCAUGGGCGGCUACGGGAAAACCGUGUCACACGUAGUCCUCGGGAUGAAGACUUCCAAAGGCACGAAGCAAUUGAAGCUUGACCCUUCCAUAUACGAGUCUCUGCAAAAGGAGAAGGUGGAAACCGGCGAUGUGAUCUACAUCGAAGCCAACAGCGGAGCGGUGAAGAGGCAGGGUAGAAGCGAUAAUUUUGCCACGGAAUUCGAUCUGGAGGCGGAGGAAUAUGUUCCCUUGCCGAAAGGCGAUGUACAUAAGAAGAAGGAAGUCAUUCAGGACGUGACGUUGCAUGAUUUGGACGUGGCUAAUGCCAAGCCGCAGGGAGGGCAGGACAUAAUGUCCAUGAUGGGACAAUUGAUGAAACCAAAGAAAACCGAAAUUACAGAUAAGCUGCGGAAGGAGAUAAACAAGGUAGUGAACAAAUAUAUCGACCAAGGCAUCGCCGAGCUAGUACCAGGAGUACUGUUCAUCGAUGAGGUUCAUAUGCUGGACAUAGAGACGUUUACCUAUCUGCACCGCGCGUUGGAGAGUGCCAUAGCGCCGAUCGUCAUCUUCGCUACGAAUCGCGGCCGCUGCGUGAUCAGGGGAACCGAGGACAUCGUCUCUCCGCACGGCAUACCUCUCGACCUGUUGGACCGUCUCCUCAUUAUAAGAACUCUCCCGUACUCCAGGCAAGAGAUCGAACAAAUAGUAAAACUGAGAGCUGUCACGGAGGGGCUGCAAAUCGACGACGAGGCUCUGUCCAGUCUCGGCGAACUCGGCACGAAAACUACUCUGAGAUACGUAGUACAACUUUUGACGCCCGCGGCUCUGGCGGCGAGAGUCAAUGAAAGAAGUAGUAUUAAAAAAGAGGACAUUGAGGAAGUCAAUGCGCUCUUCUUAGAUGCUAAAUCGUCCGCCAAGAUUCUAACGCAAAAUCAAGAUAAAUUUAUGAAAUAAAGCUUAAUUUUACGAUAAUUAUUUUUUUCCUCAAUUCGUCAGGGACAAUUAGAGAGUGAGAAUUUAAUUAAUUAUUCGAUAUUUGCCGAUUGCACUUUAACUUUUUCAAUACUUUGAUUAGUUAUUUCUUUAAUUAAAUUUAAUAAAAAUCAUUAUUUUAAGUGUACAUAUAGUGUAGUGAUAUUAAAAAAUAUAAAACCAUUACAAGGAAAUAGUCUUAUAUAUUGAAACAUUUCUCGUAUAAAUUUAAUUAUUUACGUACGAAUGUUUAUAUCAGCAACAUUUCAUAAAUAAAAACUUGUGAAACAUAAA